UAAUUGAGCAUUGCUGAUAGGUAGGCCUGGUCGGAGUUAGGAGCUUCGGAGGUGUGAGAGAGAGAGGACAGCUGCCACUUGCAUCACUCUCAAACCACCGAGCUCGCCCGCAACCCCCCGCUCUUCUGCCGAAUCCUGAGAGCUUCACCACCACUUCUUCCUAUCUCUCCAUUCGCCGCAAGCAAGCAUACGGAAGCAGAGAUGGCCGACAACGCCAAGCCCAAGGAGCCCGAGCAAAGCGGCAGCAGCAGCAAAAAGCGCGCCGCGUCCCCCGCUGCCGACGACAUUGGCCGCAUCAGCGUGCUGGACAUUCUGCGGGUGCUGGGCGGCGUGGUCCUGCUCAGCGCCGUCGCCAGCUACUUCAUAACGGGCGACUCGCUGCUGUGGGGCUGGCGGCCAUGGUUCGCGCGGCCAGACGGCCUCAAGGCAUGGGUGAAGGGGCCCCUGUCCCUCACCGACGACGAACUCAAGGCCUACGACGGCUCCGACCCUAGCAAGCCGAUCCUCCUCGCCCUCAAUGGCACCAUCUACGACGUCAGCGCCGGCGCUAGCUUCUACGGCCCCGGCGGCGGGUACCACUUCUUCGCGGGGCGGGACGCGGCGCGAGCCUUCGUGACGGGCUGCUUCGAGGAGGACCUGACGCCCGACCUGCGCGGCGUCGAGACCAUGUACAUACCCGUCGACAACGACAUGGCGGUGGAGGACGAGGCGCGCGAGAAGGAGGUCCCCAAGGCGGAGCUCAAGGUGCGGCGGCAGCAGGACGCGCGCGAGGCCCGCAAGCGCGUCAGGGCGGUCAUUGAGGGCUGGUCGAAGGUCUUUGCGGGCGAGACCGGCAAGGACUAUCUUGAGGUGGGGAAGGUGAGGCGCGAGGAGGGCUGGUUGGAGAAGCUGCCGAAGAGGGAGUUGUGCGAGAAGGCGAGGAUGGAGAGGCCCAAGAUGAGGAAGCCGAAGAAGGAGCAGAAGCAGAAGCAGUAGUGGUGGUUGUGGGGC